CUUCCAUUAGAAGAUUUGCAUUCAGAGCUGCAGAAAACCCCUGACAGCGACUCUGACAGCGGCCAGGGCAGCUGUGAAACAGCCUCUCCAGGUCACUUCAGCAAGGAGCUGGCGUCUCUGGAGGACAGAGAUUCAGAGGAAGAGAUUUUUGUACGUAAAAAAGCAAAAAGCAAGAAGGUCCUUGAGGACAGUGAGAGUGAAGAUGGAGAGGAUGGUGGCUCUGUUGUGCACAAUGAUAUUCCAGGUGGAGAUGAGGAAAAUGGAGAGGAAAAAGAGAACAUUACUGCCCAGAGGAACAAGAAACCUCAUCGGAUUUGCCAAGGUCUGCUCGAUAGUGAUGACAGUGACACUGGUGACCGAUUGCAGGCUGAAAACCUUGAGACAAGCAGAAAGUCUGAGAAUCAGUUGGAAGAGGAGAGACCCCUAAAAUCUGGGAAAAAGUACAGAAAACGUAAACAACAUAAACGUGAUUUUGAAGAAGAGACAGUAAAAAAAGCUGGAGAGGGAAAAUCAAGAAGAAGAAAAGAGAAGGAGAGAAUAAUUGAGUCCAUUAAAGAGCUGAAAAAAGAAAAGCCUAGAGCAGAGCAGGUAGAUGGUGGUGAGAGGUAUCCUUUUAAUGACAGUGGAUGUCUUCUUAAUGACAAAGAACUUUUUGACAAUGGCUUAGAAGAGGAAAACGAUUACCCCCCAGAGGAUGAGGAGUCGAUAGAAUCGAUACGAGCAGCAGUGAAAAACAAGAUUAAAAAAUAUAAGAACAAAGAACGGUUUUCUGAGGGUGAAGGCUACAAACAUGGAUUUGAUGAUGAGAAUGAGGAACCUGUUUUAAAAGAACCAAAAAGGAAGGAGCGGAAAGCAGCAAGGUUAAGUAAAGAAGCCAUUAAACAACUACAUAGUGAGACCCAACGACUUAUUAGAGAAUCAUCUGUGUCUCUCCCAUAUCAUGUGCCUGAGACCAAAAGCAUUCAUGACUUCUUCAGGCGUCGACCUCGACCAGUAUGUCAGGGAAAUGCCAUGGCAUUGCUGAAGUCCACUAAAUACCAGCUGUCCCUAAAUGAAGAAUCUGCAGACACUAAGAGCUUGAGCACAGAUUGCAAAGAUGGGAGAAUAGAAAGUGAUCAAUCAGCAUCUAAUGAACCAGAAACAAGCCCUGGCAGAGAUGAUGAUACCACUGUGAACAAGCCUCCUGCUGAUGCAGGGAAGAACUCGACAGAAGACUUUGCUGAAAAGCCCAGGCAGGACAGUGAUGAUUCUCAUGCAGUUGGGACUGUAACAACUGAUAAUCAUACAGAAGAACAGCAGCACUCUAACCUCCUAAGCACUGAUUGCAGUGAACAAAAAGAGAAUGAAAUUCCUCUGGCAAUCGGAGGAGAUGCCCUUGAGCAAAGAGGUGAAACAGCACCAGCUUUACAAUGUGAAAAAAGCAAUCAGCAGGUGGGGCCUGGCUUGGAGGCACAGCCUGACAAAGUGAGGAAGUCCAAGUUGGAUAAACUUCGUGAACUGGGAAUAGAUCUGUCCGUCAAGCCAAGAAUCUGCUCUGGUGAUGAAUCCUUUAUAAACCUCGAUGAGUCUGAUUCAAACAAAGAAUUAGAAGCCUUGAAAGCACGUUUCUUGAAGCACACCCUUCGAACGACAAACUCCAAAGCUGAACGGACCAUAAACAUGAACAUUAUUCGUAAGGAGACUACACCUGAAGGCAAAGAGGAGCUGAAAGCAGAUGUGGUACCAGCAGUGUUAGCUGCAGAGAGCCUGGAUGAAACAGCCCAUGCCAAGCCAGGUGAAAAGCUACAACUGCUGAAGGCUAAACUCCAGGAGGCCAUGAAACUCCGCAGGACUGAGGAACGCCAGAAGCGGCAAGCUUUGUUUAAACUGGAUAAUGAGGAAAUGUUGGAGGAGGAGGAGGAAGAGGAAGAGGAGGAAGAGAUGACAGAUGAAUCUGAGGAAGAAGAAGAAAGCAAUCAUGAGCAUAUGGAAUUUCUGCUUGAUGAAGCAGAGGAAGAUAAUGAAGAUAUAGAAGAGAAACAAGUUGAAGAUGGUGAUAAAGAAACGGACAAAGAAUCAGUUGAUGGAGAAAAGCUGGAGAAAUCUGUACGCAGUGAUUCUGUUCCCAAACCAGCUUCAACAGAGUCUACAUUGAUGCUUUUUAAGGACAGCUCCUCAAAAAUGGGAUACUCUCUUCCUGAUGAGAAACUUGAAAUGGAAGAAGCUGCAGACAAAGGACCUAGCAAGUUAGAGGAUGAUGAUUCAUUUUCUCUACCAACACUAGCAAAAGAGAAUAGCCACAACAGCAGCUUUGAGUUGAUUGGCUCCAUGAUUCCAUCGUAUCAGCCCUGUAACAAGCAGAUGUCACGUGGAGGCAACUUUUUAUCUGCAGCAGGAGGUUUCAGGUCACCUUCCCCAGGUUUUUUCAAAACAAGCUUUGUCAGCUCUGCUUCCAAG